GGGCCCCGCUAUUUGUACGGGAGCGGGGCCGAGCCCGCCCCAGUGCCCGCCGCUGCCCGCACCAUGCCGGGGCUCCGCGCCCUGCCGGGGCUCCGCGCCUCGCCGCCCGCCCUGCUGCUGCUCCUGGCUCUCGUCUUUGCCCGGGGCAGCCUCGCCGCGCAGCAGCUGCAGCCCGGCAGCCGCUCGGCCGCGGCGGCGGCGCGGGUGGCCCUGCAGUACCACAACUUCCAGGCGGGAUCCCUCGGCGGGCUCAGGGCGCUCGGGCAGGUCCGCAAGGCUACGCUGAAGAACAUCCCAGAGUCUGGCCACAAGUAUUACCUGCAGUUCAGCACUGAGGACUACAGGACUGGGGAAGAUGCUGGGAACUGCCUGGCUACGGUGCUGUAUCCAAAGAAAAAGUCUCGUCCUGUUGUCAGCAUCAAGUGCUCCCACACCAAAGACCAGAAGGAAAUCCAGGAGGAGGACAACAGCUUUUACCAAAGGAUCAGGCACCAAAGCAAGCCAAUAACUGCAAGCAACAUUCCAGACAGCUAUGGCAACAUUGAGCCCGCCCUGGAGCCAGUGUGGGCCCUGGCUGUGGCUGGCAGCAGCUCCAUCAUGUGGGAAAAGUCCACGGAGACCUUGGGAUACUUCCUGGCCCAAGUGAAGUCCGUGAGGCAGUGGAUCAGGAGAGACGAUUUUGUUGAGUUUGACUACACUGUGCUACUGCACGAAAUGCCAACCCAGGAAAUCAUUUCCUGUCACAUGCGCCUGACGUGGCUCCCGGGGCAGCCCCUGAAAGUGAAGCAUUUCUGCGCUUCCGAGGGCCACGGCGCAGAGCCGGGAUCCGGGGCAGAGUCUGGAUCAGCCGCUGGGCCUUCAGCUGAAAAGGCAGCCAGUUUUUAAGUGAAAUCCUCAGCUCUGUGGAUAAGGAUCCAGUCAGCAGAUCCUUGUGGUGACAGACCUGGAGCUGGGAUCAUCCUUCCAUGCAAGUCAGUGAUCGGGAGUGGUUUCACUGAUUCUUCUGUGCCAAAACGAAUUCCUGUCACUUCUUCAACGGCGACAUUCAAGUUCUGCAGCUCUGCCUGAACCCUCUGCUACUCCGUAUAUACCCAGAUGAACAUACAGCAGUUGAUUUGAUGUCACUAAUUAACUGUUACUUAAGAGUUUGCAAACAAAAUUAAUAUAUUUGGAUAAAAAUCAUGAGCAAAGCGUUAAUCUGUCACUAAGAGAGAUUUGCCUACUAAUUUUUUGUCAUGUCUUGGGCUAGAAUCGUACUGAUUUUUAACUCACAUCUCCAAUAAACCAAAUGCCAUCACUCAG